AGCUCGGAAAAUCGGAUCGAGAUGCCUGUAAUUAGUAAUGAUCAGGUACUGAUCAAUAAGCAGCAGUCAAGCAGUACUACUAUUACUAGUACCACUCAUGCAGCCAGCCGGCCAAGUACUGAUUCUUCUUCGCAAGAUAUUAAGCGGCCAUCUCCUGCAGAGGCACCAGCGGCCGGAGGGAAGCGAGCACUUCUUUGUGGGGUUACUUGCCGUGGCGCCGGGGGGAAUAUAAGUCGCCUCGAAGGACCUGUCAAUGAUGUGAAGGAAAUAAAAAAAUUGUUGAUUAAGCACUUCGGUUAUACUGAGGAGUGUAUUCGCGUCCUCACAGAUCAAGAAGAGAACAAAAAUAAAUCAACUAUUCCAACGAAGGAGAAUAUAGAAGGCUCCUUAAAAUGGCUUGUGAAGGAUGCUGAGUCUGGACACUCAUUGGUGUUCUUCUUCUCUGGACAUGGCCGCUUACUGCGACAACCUGAGUCUUGUCAUGUCUGUUUGGUUGAUUGUACGGGAGAAGGUAUGAUCCCAAAUAGCUACAUAAAUUCCACCAUUGUACGGCCGCUCAAGGAGGGUGUCACACUUUAUGCAAUUGUGGAUGCUUGUCAUAGUGGAAGCAUUCUUGAUUUAAAAUACGAAUACAACCAACAAAGUAUUAAUGCUGAGGGACGUUGGAUAGAGAAGAAAUCUGAUGAUAAUCAAUCAAAAGCAGAUCAGAAAGCUACAAACGGAGGAUUGGCAAUUUGUCUGAGUGCUUGUAGAGAUGAUGUGAAUACUCCCGAAAGCAAUGCUAAUUCCAGCGGACAGGGAAUGGCCGAAACGUCCAUGGGAGCAAUGACCUAUCAGUUGAUCAAAAUGGUUAGUAAGGAGCAUCCUGCAAAGGUAACAUACGAAGAUAUACUCAAAAAAAUGCACGACUUACAUGUACGCAGUAAUAUUAAAAGAGCACCCUUCGUACUGAUCAUCAGCAGUACUGGACGUAGCCUCUUACGUGAUUAUCAGGAAAGCCAAAAAAUAGAGGAACCUGUGCUAUCAUCGUCUCUUAAAUUCCAGGUUUCCUCAAAGAAAUUCUUGCUGUAGGCCCGAGUAUAUAUAUGCCUUCAGUACCGCAACGAGCGUCAAAGCUAGCAUAUAUAGUUCCAUGCGGUGGUGUAGGCAUGCAUGCAAAAUUCCUGUGAAUUAAGUCAUGAUUGUGGUUUGGAUUUGCCUAAUUUGCUCCUUUUUUUUUUUUUUAAUAUUAUGUUAUAUUUAUGCAUGCACACCGAACGAUAACAUCUUUCUAAUUUCUUCCUGAUUUGUUUCCUUACUAAUUAAUUAUAUAUUUGGACUUAGCCUCUUUAUUUUGCAAGGUGUUGCCUGGUUGUU